AUGCGUUUCCACAAGAUUAACAAUGAAUUAUUAAUUCACAUUGCCGGAUAUCUUCCUCAAGAAGAUCUCAAGACUUUUUCGUUUGUCUGUCACAAGUUUAUGUUGAUUGCCCAUAGCGAUGCUGUUUGGAAGGAAAGACUCUACAACAAUUUUGGAAUUACAUAUAAACUUCCUGACGAAACCUGGAAGGAAAUGUAUGCUCGUAAGUCAGGCGAUGCUACUCAUUCUAAGAUGUGUCCCCACAUUGGCUAUGUCACACCAAAGGUGUUGGCACCUUAUGCAGUGAAAUACCAACAAGUCUUGAACUGGUUGCCCAAGAACUUGAACUGUACCACUUGUGGUGCUUCUUGCAAAGACUCUGGUUUAUGUCUUUAUGUAUGGAAAGGAAACGUCAGAAACCGUUUUAUCAUAAAUCGGUUGAGGGACAUGGUAUUUUGA